GUAUUUAAAGUAGCGCUUACAACAGUUCAUACAGCCAGUCAAGCAAGAGACCAAGAUCCAGAGAUAGCUUUAAAAUUAAAGGAUCUGUUUUUGGAGAAUGACAAUGCUGAAGUGCUUGGAGUAGUUACCAGAAGCUUUAGCGGAAGUUUGUACACUAAAAGCAUCAUUGAAUAAUUUCUAAUCGAAUGACAGACCAUGUCAGCCGAAGCACAGCUGAAAAGAUCAAGUAUGAUUAUUUUGAGCCUAGUAGGAGUAUUCUACCCGUAGUCAAAUUAAUCAUGGGACUUGAGGCAGCAGAGGAAUGUACUCAAUACUUAAAAGAGCUUGAGCAGUGCUUAAAAGACGAUAUAAAGUUAUGUGACUAUUCUUGUCGUGUUGCUGUGCAAAAACUUGAAAAGUAAUAAACUUGUAUUACAAUUUACAUAAAAGUGGGCUCUUUUUUUUUUGUGGAAAUGUCGUAC